AAAACAGUUGUGAUGCUGGAUAAAACAUAUACCAGUGUAGAAUAUAUAUCUUUCUCUCUUUAUAUAAAACCAUCAUGUGUUUUAAACUUUUCUAGGCUGUCAUCUGAGUCAAACCUAUUUGCAUUUGUGAAACAAAGUGCAUUUGCCUUUUAAAUAAACUACAUUAUAUUUUUGCGAAACACCAGUGGACAGGCCAGGGUUUAGAAACAACAGAGAUGACAUAUAUGUCAAGCAAGAAAAUGGAGAAUUCACAGAGGCCCAUGCUUUUUUUUUUAGGGAUAUACAUUUUCUCAAUGCAGUGGAUACUGACCCAUCAGAGAGUCAAUGUGGCCUUAAAAGGAAUAGCAACACAAUCUUCCAUAUACGCUAACAGAUAUGCUUCCUUAGCUAUUGAUGGCAACCGGCAAUCUAACGCAUAUUACUACUCAUGUACUACUACAAAUGCUCAGUACAGCCCAUGGUGGAGUGUGGAUUUGUUGGCAGUGUAUGACAUUAGCGAUGUAAUCGUCACUAACAGAGGCGACUGCUGUCCAGAACGGAUAAAUGGUGCUGAGAUCCACAUUGGCAACUCCUUAAUCAACAACGGCAACAACAACCCAAGAUGUGUUGUUAUCCCUAGCAUCCCUGCUGGUGUCUCCGCAAAUUACACCUGCAAUAUGCGGGGUCGUUAUGUGAAUAUCAUCCUGCCCACCAUUACCCAGCACCUCACUCUCUGUGAAGUGGAAGUCUAUGGAGUUCGUGUUACUAAGAAGGCACUUCUGAGAUUAAAGUUUAACAGCAGCGAGGAUCUCAGCAAUGCUACUCUGAGGGACGAAGUUCUUAAAAAGAUCAAAUCUGUCUAUCUACAGUCACCAGAAUUUCAGGUUCAUUGGACAAAAGAACCAGAACUGCAAACUGAAACUUAAAAAAGGUGGCAGAAAAUCAUCUUAAAUAUUCAGAAGAAGACAUUUUACAGACCAGUGUAGAACAAAACACUGUGAUAAUGCUAAUUAUCAUGAACCUUUUUUUAAUCAUCAGCAUCUAAUAUUGCCAGGACACUGAAUACAACAUUCAGAAUCCCUGCCAAUUAGAAAUGUUGAUAACCAAACAAUUAUCAUAAUCUUGAUGAACUUGGGUAUGUUUGGAAAAAUGUUUAAAACAAAGACUGUACAAAUGAAAUUUAGGACUGAGGUUUUACUCCCUGGCACAUGAUAUAUGUCUACUUUUAUUUAUUUAUUUAUUUAUUUAUUUAUUUAUUUAUUUAUUUAUUUAUUUAUUUAUUUAUUUAAAUACUUAUUUCCAUAUAAUACAUUACAUUACACGUACAUUGUACAUCUACAACUUUAAACAAUCCUUUUUCAGAGCAUUCCAUUCAAACACAAAUAUUUCACAUUGUAUGAGAAUCUUGGGAUUUCAUCUUAUCACGCCACUGUAAAAACCAAAACCAUUUAAUACUGAGUUGUUGUUUUUUUUACUCUGAUUAUCAGUGCUCAGAUCAAUCCAGCAUCUCAUUUAUCAUUAUUAUAAGGACUGAUUGUUUAUAAAACCAUAAAACCAAACAUUGACAUUAUUUCACCUGUUCACAUAGUAUCACAUAUUUAGCCAAAUCUAAACUGACCUCUGCAAUUUGUAUAACUGGAUACUUAGGGUAAUAUAUUUUCAAGGAAUGCAUAACAAAGUUUGCUAUCUAUACGUUUGUGUGUGUGUGUUGUAAGUGACAAGCUGUAACUGACAAGCUGUUUUGUCACAAAAUACUUGUUCAUCUGCAUAACCCAAUUACUGAAAAGGAGGAAUAUUUCUCAUGCAAAUGUUGACAUAGAUAUUAAAGUCAGCCUAUCCCAUACAUUAUCUUGAGCAUAUACUUUUUGUUUACCAGUAUGUAAAUGUAACGAGGCAAGUAGGACCUGUACACCAGAGGGAGCCCUCGCCUGAGUAUUAAUAUCUGGGACUUAUUUCCGGUUUCUAGGCUAUUUAAACAGCCAGCUUCCCUUUGUUCUUUGUGAAGCGUCGUUUCUCUUUGAGUACGUGCCAAGCCUUCAAUUGUUCUAAGUCUGGAUUGCUACUGUGUAUGAUCUCUGCCUGUUAUAGUUCUACUAGGAUUUUCGGAUUUCGGUUUCCUUUUGAAAGUGUAUUUGUUUCCUCGGUUUCUGACUCUUCCGCCUGCCUUAUCGUUUUUGAUUAUUGC